AUGAAAACUAGAACAUUUGUUGGCGUGGCAGAGCUCUGUAACAAGACGGGACGGACUGGUUUUACUCGGCACGACGAACAAAAAGCUCGCACAUUUGCGUGUCUCCUCUAUCGAAAAGUGCAGGAGGCUCAACGCCGCUCGCAUAUGGCUGCUGAGCUGCUGGUGCAGGGAUCUCAGUUGCUUGUAUGUUUCCUUUUAUUUAUCUUUUCGAUUUUUCAUUCUAUUGACCUCGGAUUCACUGCCAGGUACAGUAUGAACAAGCGAAAACUAGCUUCGUUUAUUCUUCGUGUUGCGAAAGGAUAUCGUGAGGUACCCUACCAUAAUUGGUCGCAUGCGUUCUCUGUGGCUCAUUUCUGCUGGAUCAGUCUGCGUACACCAGCUGUGCUGCAUGGGCUCGAUGAAUUGGAACGGUUAGCUCUGUUGAUUGCGUGCCUCUGUCAUGACAUUGAUCAUCGUGGUACUACGAAUGCGUUUCAGUUGCAAUCGAAAACCCCACUCGCACAACUGUACAGCAGUGAGGGUAGUGUGCUCGAGAGACACCACUAUGCCCAGACGGUGCAAAUCCUACAGAUGUCCGAGUGUAACAUCCUGCAUAACCUGACACGUACGCAAUACCAAACAGUGUUGAGUCAUAUACGAGACGUGAUCCUUGCCACGGAUAUUGCUGUACAUCUAGGGAAAGUCGGUCGUAUCAAGGCGAUGGUUGAUCAAGGGUAUGAUCCACUGUCUCGGGAUCAUCAUUAUUUAUUCAUGUGUCUUUUGAUGACGUCGAGCGAUCUAUCGGAUCAAUCCAAGGAUUUCCGUAAUUCGAAAGCAAUCGCCGAGAACAUCUACCGCGAAUUCUUUUCACAAGGGGAUCUCGAGAAACAGAUGGGUGCCAGCCCGAUGGAAAUGAUGGAUAGGGAUCGUGCGGCGGUGCCGAAAAUUCAACUCGACUUUAUGGACACCGUUGCGCUGCCUGUGUUUGAAAUGGUAGCGAAAGUUGUACCAGAAGGUCAAUCUACGUUUGAGGCCAUUUCUCUGAAUCGACAGUGUUGGGCUGCAUUGGACGAAAUUCUUGUGGAGCGAGGAAAUCGUCCCGUCCUCGGUCUCGAUUACCUUAGAGAUGAAGAAUUAGAGGAACAGGUUGUUGAACGAGUCCGACAACGGAAGAGUCAACAGAAGAAGGUAGGUCACAGCAAGUUUUCAAGUUUAUACCAUGAUUCUUGUCGUAGGGACUACUAA